CUCAUAUUCUAAACUUAGCCGUCGGAUCACACAACCCACGAUUCCGAUUAUAGAACACUAUCACACUCUUCCAACUCAGAUUCGCACGCUGCAAAAAGACCAAUCCAUUUCUCCCUAAAAUGGCGGCGGCGGCGGCGGCGGCUCUGCAGACGAAUAUCAGACCGGUCAAGGUUCCGGCUACCUUCAGAGCUGUCUCGAAACAAUCUCCCUUUAGAGUAAGAUGCGCUGUUGCUUCCCCUGGGAAUAAACGAUACAACAUCACUCUCCUUCCCGGUGACGGCAUCGGUCCGGAGGUUGUCUCUAUUGCCAAAAAUGUGCUUCGCCAAGCUGGAUCUUUCGAAGGAGUUGAAUUUAGCUUCCAGGAGAUGCCUAUUGGAGGAGCUGCUUUGGAUUUGGUAGGAGUUCCCUUGCCGGAGGAGACCAUCUCUGCUGCAAAAGAAUCAGAUGCAGUGCUUCUUGGAGCCAUUGGAGGGUACAAAUGGGAUAACAAUGAAAAACAUCUGAGGCCUGAGAAGGGUUUACUUCAGCUUCGUGCAGCUCUCAAAGUCUUUGCAAAUCUGAGACCUGCUACUGUUCUCUCACAGUUAGUGGAUGCUUCCACCUUGAAGAGAGAGGUAGCUGAAGGUGUUGAUCUAAUGGUUGUUAGGGAGCUUACAGGAGGUAUUUACUUUGGAGAGCCAAGGGGUAUUAAGACCAAUGAAAAUGGUGAGGAAGUUGGGUUUAAUACUGAGGUUUAUGCUGCUCACGAGAUUGAUAGAAUUGCUCGUGUUGCCUUCGAGACUGCUCGGAAACGGCGUGGCAAGCUUUGUUCAGUCGACAAAGCUAAUGUCUUGGAAGCCUCAAUUUUAUGGAGGAAACGAGUAACAGCAUUAGCCUCUGAAUAUCCUGAUGUUGAGCUGUCACAUAUGUAUGUUGACAAUGCCGCAAUGCAGCUUGUUCGUGACCCAAAACAGUUUGAUACCAUCGUUACGAACAACAUUUUUGGUGAUAUAUUAUCCGAUGAAGCUUCAAUGAUCACAGGAAGCAUUGGCAUGCUGCCAUCUGCUAGUCUCAGUGAUUCGGGACCUGGACUCUUUGAACCAAUACAUGGUUCUGCACCUGAUAUUGCUGGACAGGAUAAGGCAAACCCAUUGGCAACAAUUCUCAGUGCUGCAAUGCUUCUGAAAUACGGACUUGGAGAAGAAAAGGCAGCCAAGAGAAUUGAAGACGCAGUUUUGGUUGCUCUGAACAACGGAUUCAGAACUGGAGACAUUUACUCCGCAGGAACUAAACUGGUUGGCUGCAAGGAGAUGGGAGAGGAGGUUCUGAAGUCAGUGGACUCCCAAGUUCCAGCUUCUGUUUAAUCUAUCAUCUGUAGAAACAGUUCAUUAUCUCUGGAGAGAUUGUUUAUUUCCAACAAUAAAUGUUGUAGGCAAAAAGACCAUCAGCCCAAUUUCAUGUUUAAAAUGUGAAUUUUAUUAGAGGGACUUAUUUGAUCGCAUUGAAACUUUGGUGUUUUCUCCGGGUAAUAUA